AUGCGGGGAAGUUAGAGCACAGGUGAAGAGGAAGAAGAGGUGGAGCUAAGUAAUUAUUUGUCCCACAUCCUGGAUUUUAAAAUCCCUGAAGGUAAAAAAAUAAACUUUUUCACCACAUCAAGUUGUUAGACUUUCUUAUCAUUAUGAUAAAAACAAUCCAGCCUUACAUAUGAUUACAUCUCGGGGAAAGAUGACCAAUGCUUCAUCCUUUCAACAGACGGCGAUGUUAAAUUUACCUACGAGUCCGUUGAGACCUUAAUUGAUCAAAUCUGCGAGGAUGGUAUCAGAUAUUUGACUAUGCUACAGGCUAUUGGUUUUAAAAGGUUUGUGUUGUUAUUUGAGCUUGAUGAGUAUGAUAACCAUAUCCAGUCAAUUUUAUCUUGAAGAUAUCUUUUUUUAGUAAAGGAAUCGAACAGAAAAGUUAUGCUUCAGCGAGAUAACACCUCUAUUUCAGUCAGCCUUAUAAUUGUCUUCUAUUGGAUUUAAUUCCUUUUUCUACUUUAGGUGACUAAUCAUAUGCUUGGCACAGUCUUGUGCUGUCCCGGAUGCUUCAGCUUGUAUAGAUGUGAGGCUUUGAGGGAUGUUUUAAAAGAGUUAGCUACCCUCGCAAAAGGUCCCUUGGAAUAUCUUUUCAGAGACUUGGGUAAGGUUCAUUCUCACCUCUUUAUUUACCCUACUCCGUUAUUUAUUAAUUAGAACUCUUCGAUCACUGCAUUUACUUUGUGCUAAUGAAAGAUAGAUAGUAAAAUUAAUAAGUGAAUGAAUUAUUAGUGCCCCCUACUUUCUUUUCCUCCUGGACCCACGAUUGUCACCAUCAACCCCCUUAUGCAGUAAUCGUGACACAAUUAUGCUCGUAGAAAACUAUGUGCAGCGUCCACUCAUAGCUACUUGAAACUGUACUCUAAUCAGUUGUUCACUUGCUAGUUCGUUUCUAAUCUGCACAUAACUUGUAUUCAUUCCAUUCACAAAUUGCACGUGAAAGAGAAAGAUUCGCUGAAAUAACAACAACGCGACUAUUACAAAGAUGAUAUUGACCGAACAACCGAAAUACUGCAUGCUUACAAGUUAUUGUGCCUUCUAAAUAGAAAGGAAAACUUGUCCUAACGAAACGACAGUGUAACUCCAUAACAAAACAUGUGCUUUUCGUGGGAAAGAGCGCCCGCGAUAUUUUGCGUGCGGUCACCGAAGACCACACCAUAUAACGUUUACUUUCUGUCUCUUACACUAAGCAUAUUUGGAGUUUGCUAAAAUCAACUAAGUCACAGCCAUUUUUUAAGGGGAAGACCGUUGGCUUUGUACACUGAUGAUACAACGCGGCAAACGAUUGACAUAUUGUGCUAUUGCAAAUAACAGCACUUACUGCCCGGAGAGCUUUGAAGAAUUUUAUAAAAAAGGAGACGAUGGACGCUAUCUUCGCUCACCAACUUAG